CUAGUGUUUCUUCCCAGUUAUGUAGCGUCCUGCCCCUUUCUGCAAUGUGUGAUAUUGCACCGCUAGACUUCUGCACACAGUGUGGAAGAACUACGACAGCAAUCAAUAGUCCACUGUUCAAGGCUGCAUCGUGGACAUUUGAGAAAAAAAAAGAAACUCAAUCCCUUUCUUUUGAAAGUUUUUGCACGCCGUUUUGGUUAGUGAAAAACAACCCACCAGUUGGGUUAAAAAUAAAACGAUGAGGUCAGUUUGCUGCGCGCCUUCACGCUGAGGACUUUUUCAACACUAGCAGGUUCACUUCUGACUCUUAAGGUGAAGCCUCUGUCAUGCCGGUACCCCCGCCACCGCCGCCUCCUUUGGCGCCACCUCCUCCGCCACCCCCUAGUGUUGCACCACCACUGUUUCCAUUAGAGGCUCCUAAAGUCCAGUCUAGCGGAGGAGGUGGUAGGAGCGCCCUGUUAGCCGAUAUCCAGAAGGGAGCCAGACUGAAGAAAGUUACGCACGUUAAUGACCGCAGUGCCCCUGUUGUGGAUAAGCCAAAGGCUUCGGAUGUGUCCAGCAAUGUUGGUGCUGCUCAUGGUCCAUGUGGAGGUGCGCCAUCCUUAGGUGGACUGUUUGCAGCGGGGUUUCCGACCCUAAGGCCGGUCGGGCAACGAGAGUCGGCAGGCAAGACGCCAGUGUCCCGCUCGAGCUCGUCGGCCUCCCUCAAGCCGCUGUGGAACACGCCCACUUUGGCGGACUUGAUCGGCCCCCGUCCGCUCGCCGCCUCCUCCUCCGCCCCGCCCUCGCCAACUCAUGCCAGCAAACAUCUUGCUCCUCUCCCCGUGGUCGCUCCUGCUCCGCCGACACCCCCUGCCCCGCCCUCUGCUCCUCUUCCUCCUCCACCCCCGCCUCUGAUCUUCCAGGACCGCCCUGCCAACAAGCCUCCACCUCUCCCCUCCUGCCCACCCCCAUUUCACGGGACAAAGCCUACCUGGCUUCCCAUCCAGCACUACCAACACACACCCAGCGCCAAACCUUUGACUCCUCCCCCUCCAACUUACAACCCCCCUUCUCUCCCUGGGGACCGCUCCUCUUGGUCCUUCUUCCCUCCACCGCUCCCUGUUGUCCACUCGGAACCUGCAAGGUUUCCCAUCUUGCGUGAUUCAAGCCCUCUCGGACCGCCACCUCCCCCUCUCCCAAGUUUUUACACCCCAAGCUUCCCAUCCAAUCUCCCGCCGCCCCCGCCUAGAAUUCCAGCGGUGCCUUCCCCGGCGUUACGAUUUCUACCCCCGUCAUACCCCUGCAACGCUCCAACCAGACGACCGCCUGCUGUGCCGAGAAGUGCAGGUGUCAGUCGUCUAGCUCCUCCCCCAGCUCCUCCGGCACGUUCUCCCGCCACUGAGCUGUCCAGCCGCAUUCCUCCCCCUCCGCCGCCACCUCCCCUACCCCCCUCCAGUGUCAGGAAUGGACACCUGCACAGUCUGGACGACUUUGAAUCCAAAUUCCAGUUCCACCCAAUGGAAGAUUUCCCUCCUCCAGAUGAAUUCAAACCUUUCCCACGUAUCUACCCGAGCAAAGAAAACAGAGUAAACUCCACCCCCCAUGGGAUCAGGUCACACCUUAGAUGAGCUUCAUCCCACACAAUUCCUGGAUAAAAAGAGCCAGACACUUUUUGCAUCGUGAUUGUGAGUUAGCUUCGCCUCGGACUACAGUAUGUGACCUCUGACCUUUUCUGGAGUGGAAUGUUUUGAAUGUGAGUGAGAGGAGGGCUCUCCCUACUCAUCUUCAGUCUCAAGUGAAUUUCUUCUGAGGCCUUUUUUGGAUGUGGUUUGUUUGAAACGGUUCAAGCAUUUCAUUAUCUGUACAGAAAAUAAAUAAUUUCCGUUACAA